UGUGCUUUUGUUCAACGCGAUGACCAUCCCAUCGGCGUUUAUGACGCGCACUGUCAUCACCGCCGGCUGCUUCGACCCCGCAAUACAAGUGCGAUUAGAUUCAAAUGCCACUGCACUCGUCUCGACCGCCCCCUCGGACCGUACGUAUGGCUAAGCUAUGCGUCACCCUCGCAGGGUGUCGCUUCCCCUUGCACACAAAGAGCGGCUCUUUUGGUCUCUCGGUCGAGGGGUGGGCGCUCAGCGGUCCCCCUUUGCGCACCCAUGUCGACGGCGAUAUACCUGAUCGAAAUGUUUGCGUAAAGGCGCAGCGCAUAGAGGCCAAAGAGAGGCGAGCACUUCCAAAUGGGGUUUCUGGAUUUCACCGAGGGACUCGUGGCUUUGCACAGCAGUGCUGUUACUCUUUGCGCUUGCCGAGAUUUAAUUUAUGCAAACUCAUGCCAGCGCACUAGGAGCUCCACAUGCACAUUAUUCAAAAUGCCGCUCGCCCCGUACCCAACUCGAUGACGAGCCAGCAGCAAGGGAGAAAUGAAGUAUAAUGGGCUUUGUAGGCUCGCAUAUUUGUCCCGUUGUGGUCUGCCGGGGGCUAUUGGCCCAGCAAACACGCGCACAUUGGCCAUACGACCAGAACCGCCAAUGUCAUCCUCAAGAGAAGAGAGUUCUAUUUGCAGCAAACGAAGAACAUGGAA